UGCAUUCAGUCAUUUCUCAAGGCUAUCGAUGGCUACCACCACCAUCAACAUUUAGAACGAAUCAUUUGAUGAAUCAAUUUGACCGAAUUGCAUUCAAUUCAUUACAGUCAAUCAAUCAUGAUGUCUGGUAUAAUUCGAAUGCGAAAUUCUUGUCCUCAAUCAUCAUUUCUAAGGCGACCAUUUCAUUUCGUUAGGAAUCGGAUUCAAUUUUCUACGGCCAAAUUGAAUGAAGAUCAUUAUGGUGAUAGUCAUCGGCCAGCAAUAUCUACAGUGAAAAAUAUUCAAAAACUAUUGAUUGCCAAUCGUGGUGAAAUUGCUUGUCGUAUUAUACGUACAGCAAGACGUUUGGGUGUUGAAACAGUUGCCGUUUAUAGUGAUGCUGAUCGUCGAUCAAUGCAUGUUUCGAUGGCCGAUGAAGCUUAUCAUAUUGGACCAUCACCAGCUGCAAAUAGUUAUUUGGUAAAGGAAAAAUUGAUAAAUAUUGCACAACGAUCCAAUUCGGAUGCAAUACAUCCUGGUUAUGGAUUUUUAUCGGAAAAUUUUGAAUUUUCUCAACUUUGUUCGGAAAAUAAUUUGAUAUUUGUUGGUCCAACAGCUGAUUCGAUAAAAUCGAUGGGUAUAAAAUCAUUGUCCAAAUCGAUUAUGAUUGAUGCAGAUGUGCCGGUAAUACCCGGGUUUCAUAAUGAUCAACAACAACGUAGUGAAGAUUUAUUAGAAAAUGCCAAACAAAUUGGAUUUCCUGUUAUGAUUAAAGCUGUUCGUGGUGGUGGUGGUAAAGGAAUGCGUAUAGCCAGAAAUGAACAAGAAUUUCUUCAACAAUUAGAUUCGGCACGUCGUGAAGCAAUGAAAUCUUUCGGCGAUGAUAUUGUUUUAUUGGAAAGAUUUGUACAAAGACCACGUCAUGUUGAAGUGCAAAUUUUUGGUGAUAAACAUGGAAAUUGUAUACAUCUUUUUGAACGUGAUUGUUCAAGUCAACGUCGUCAUCAAAAAGUGAUUGAAGAAGCACCCGCACCACAUAUUACUCGGGAAAUUCGCGAAAAACUUGGUGCGGCAGCCGUUAAGGCAGCCAAAGCUGUUGAUUAUCAUGGUGCUGGUACAGUAGAAUUUAUUUACGAUAGCCGUGAUGAGCAGUUUUAUUUUAUGGAAAUGAAUACAAGAUUACAGGUAGAACAUCCUGUCACUGAAAUGAUUACCGGUUUAGAUUUAGUUGAAUGGCAACUUCGUAUAGCCGGUGGUGAACCAUUACCAAAAAAGCAAAAAGAUUUUAUCGAUGGUCCAAUUGGACAUUCAUUCGAAGCUAGAAUUUAUGCCGAAGAUCCGGAAUCAAAUUUUGCACCAUGCACAGGUCUGGUUGAAUCAUUAUCACUGCCAAAAUCAUUUCAACCACAUGAAAUUCGUAUCGAAACUGCUGUUCGGCAAGGUGAUGAAGUAUCAGUUUAUUAUGAUCCAAUGAUUGCUAAAUUGGUUGUUUGGGCACCAGAUCGUCCAACUGCAUUGAGAAAAUUAUGUCAAGCAUUACGUGAAUAUCAUUUGGCCGGUAUGAAGACUAAUAUUGAUUAUCUUUUACGAUUAGCCAUGCAUCCUAAAUUUCAAUCUGGUGAUGUUUAUACGGAUUUUAUUGCCGAACAUCAACAAGAUCUUUGUCGACCUUUAAUACAGGAUCAAUAUCAUCGUCGAUUAAUUCAGUCAGUUGCUGUUAUUGGUUUUUUAUAUGGACAAAAAUACAAUCAACAACAAUUAUAUCGUCAACGUAAUUCUGAUUGGACAUCACCAUUUAAUCAUAUCGAAGGACCAUGGAUCAAUGGUUCAAACGAAUCAUUUAGUUCUAUUCAUGAAAUUCAUUUGAAUUCCAAACAAGGACAAGAUAAUAAUGAUGAUAAAAUGAAUACAAAACUUUCUAUUCAAUGUCGUGGUCAUCAGCGAUAUCAACUUGAUUUUUUAGAUGAUAAUCACAAAACAAAAACAUCCAUAAAUAUUGAAGCUGAAUUUUCGAAAAAUCAGCUAUCGAUUAUAACAAUCGAUGGUGAUGGUAAUGAAUGUCGUAAAACAUUCGAUAUAUCCUUACAUGGUCGACGUUCAAUUUCGGUUUAUGAUCAUAAUUUUGGUACAUUUACAUUCGAAUUAGAACUACCUGAAUUUCUUCAAUCAAAAUCUGAAAAUUCAACAGAAUCAUCCGAUUCAUUAAUAUUUGAUGGUGAAAAUUUUAAAAGUCCAAUGACAGCUGUUGUUGAAAAAGUUCCAUUCAAAUCGGGUGAUAAAAUUCGUGAUGGUGAUAUAAUUGCAAUUCUAACAGCAAUGAAAAUGGAACAUAUUGUUCAAGCUAAAUUUGAUCCGAAUGAAUCAGAAAGAGAAGUUGAACAAGUUUUUUGUAAAUCAGGUGAUAGUGUUCAAAAAAAUUCAAUUAUUUUACGGCUAAAACCGUCAACCAAAACAGCCAAUAAAAAUGAAAAAUCAAAUUAAA